GAUGGUAACAUUCAAUCUGAACUGUAAGGUCAUUUUACGAUACCUUGCUCUACAUCAAUUCUCGCGCAACGCGAUUGUCUGUUUUUUUACCGUUAGUAUGGGGGAUAUGACGUUCAUAUCAGCCAUUGCAGUAUCAGAUUCUUAUGGAAAUAUAUUCCGCGUUUUGAAUGACAAAUUUCUCAAUAAAACCAAUUUGUUAUGGAUUUAGAUGAAAACACUAACGUACUAGAUGAAGUUGAAAAUCUUUUCAAGAAGCUAGAAUUGCUCCCAGACAAUCUUAAACGAGCCGCGUUUAAUAAAAUUAAAGAAAAGUUGCCAUUUCAAGAUAAAGCACAUAUUGAACUUUUCAAAGAUACUGAUAUAAAAGGUAAAAGACGUCCAGGAAGAAAGCGCAAAGUCCAGGUUUGUGAAAAUGUAUAUGAUGAAAAGAAGAAAGCUGAAAUUCAAUGGUUUUCAGAAAACAGGGAAACAGAGUAUGUGGUUGAAGAUGUACUUACUAGCAGAGGACGCAGAGCAAAAAGGAUCAGUUAUGCUCACAUGCAUGGAUAUGGGAAGAACCAUGAAGAUAUUAAUGAAAGACCAAGGAAUCUCAAUGAAGAAAAGAAGGAAAAAAAAGAAAUUCAGUAUUUUGAUAGUAAUAUUAUUGACAUAGUAUUGCCAGUAAAAAGACCAAGAGUGUAUUCAAAAAAAAUUAUUAAUGUAGAAAUUAAAGAACAGAACAUAAAUCCUAACAAUAUUGUAUCCAAUGCAGAGAUUUCAGCUACAAGAACAGAUGAGGCAAAUGAAGUUAUAAUACCUAACAAACCAGUUUCAGUAGUACAUAGUAGCGCAGAAUGCAUUGAAAAUGAAAACUCUGAAGUGGUUGAUGACCCUUCUGCAGUUCCAGAGGAAGCACAGACAGAAAUUUCAAGCUGCUCAGAACAAGAUAAUGUAAUAAACCAUAGUGAAAGUGGCUCUGAGAAAGAAAACAAAGUUGGGAAAGGUGUGCAAAGAAGUUCACACAUCACAUCAGGAUCAAUCAUUUGGAAAAGGCGCAAAGUUCCUCGAAACAGUAGCUUGUCUUGCCAAGACUGUAAUUUCAUGACAAGUAGCAGGUCAUUAUUAGAAAUUCAUACUCGUCGCCAUACUGGAAUUAAACCUUAUGUGUGUCCAGACUGUGGCAAAGCUUUCCAGCAAUCAUCAGGCUUGAAUGUUCACAUGAAACGUCACCGAGGCCAGAGAGAUUAUCCUUGUGAUUAUUGUGAAUAUCGAGCAUAUACAAAAGUGGACAAAUUGCGUCACAUGACAAUUCAUACAGGUGAACGAAAUCAAGUUUGUCAGUACUGUGGCAAAGCAUUUGCCAAGGACUCAACACUUCGAGAGCAUGUUCGGAGUAUUCAUGAAAGGCCUUUCAAGCAUGUAUGCAGUGAGUGUGGUUUUACAACAUAUCGGGCCAAUAACUUGAGAGUACAUGUGCGCAUGAGGCAUCGUGGGGAGUACAACAAUCAUGUGUGUCCAGUAUGUGGUGCACGUGUUAAACAGCGGAAUGCAUUCCUUGAACAUAUGCGUGCACAUACUGGGGAGAAACCAUUCAGGUGUGAACAGUGUGAGAGCUCAUUUGCCUGCCUGGCCAGACUGACUGUACAUCGUAAAUCUGUUCAUGAGCCUAGGCAAUUUCCUUGCUCCCACUGUUGCAAGACUUUCCAAACAAAGCACCAUUUAUUACGUCAUACUGUUAUACACACCAAAGCAAAACCUUUUUCUUGCCCAUUUUGCACAUAUUCAUGCAAUACUCAAGGCAACAUGACGAAACAUGUGAAGACAAUCCAUCACAUGCCACAUUUUUCGUACAGAAAGUACAAAGCAGAUCUGGAAUCGGAGGCAUUUUCUAAUGUAAACCCAGAAUGGGUAGAAAAGGGCCAGAGAGUCACGGAACUGUAUCUGAAGGAUCUGUCUACAAAACUUGGUCGAAAUGUAACUCUGGAUGAACUCAGGGAACGAGAAAGUGAGAAGCAGAAGCGUAUAAAUGAUGAAGCAGAACAAGCCAAAAUCAAACGCAUGAAUCGGAUCCAUGCACCAGAACAUUCCUAUCAUUCACGUGUUGGUAAAAUGGCUUUAUUAAAUUCAAAAACAGAAACUCUGAAUCUUGAAGGGGAAGAAAUAGUUGAUCCAUCCACAUUAAUUCUUCAAGUAGCAGCACAGAAUGCAGAUAAUUUUAUAGGUACAGUGAAUGAUGAAGACUUGUCGUCACCAUCACAUAUUGUCCAAGUGGACUUAUUAUCAGGUAUAAGUAAUGAGGAUGCUCCUAAAAGUGAGGCUUCUCAAGUAACUGUAGCUCCACACAUAGUGCAAAUACUGUCAGGCAUGAACAAGGAUGAAAAUGCAAAAAGUAAUACACAAGUCAUUCAUAUACAGACUUCAGAGGCAGGACAAGGCAGUGAAAUGGAAGAAGGUGGUGAGUUUGAGACUGUUAUCGUAUCAGAUGGUGAAGAAGGAAGUGAUUUUGUAGCAGGGGAAGUUUAUGAACUUGUGUCAGGUCAGAAUCUGCAACUGUGUUUAAAUGCAGACUACAUUGAAACUGGAGAUAGUAAUACUAUUCAGGUUUUACGGCAAGAGUCGUCAAAAAGUGACGAAGCUUACAAUGCAGAUCAGGAUUGUGAACAACAGAUGAUUGAACUUGGAAGUACUGGUCAUUUCAUGUCAAACAAAGAAGGCAGUUCUGAAGAAAUAGAUACUGUUGUUGUAAUCAUAAACACAGACCAUUCUCAAGAAAACACUACUUUGUAAUUUUGUGUUAACAUCAUAAAUUGUAAAAAUUAUUUCUAUGAACGAAAUUUGAGGCAGCUAAUGAAGAACAGUGCUUGAAGUCGGAGAAAGAGAAGCUGGAUUGUUAUGAUUUUUCAUUACAUUGCUAGAUAAUUAAUUAUUCAAGAAAUAUGAAUGUAAUAUGAGAAAUUUCCAGCCUUUAAAAUUGUAUAGUGCCUCUUUACUUUCUGUAUAAUUUGAGAUCAGAUUAAUAUAAAACUGCCUGAAUUGUAAUUCUCUUUUUCUUGUGGAAAACUAAUUACCAUAAUGAUCAGGUUGAGUAAUUAACAAAUUAAAACUACUGCAAAACAGGGAUGCUGCUUAUUGCAUCAGUUUGUUUUAAUUUUGGAUCACACCUUUGGCUGUAAAGGUGUGAAGGAUUGUAACAGUAUCUCGAAUCACACUCCUACACAGUAGAAGAAGUUUAGUUUAAAUUGUAAUACUCAGUUCCUUGAUGUAAUUACUGUAAUACUGUAUUAUAUCACAUAUGUCUGUAAAUAGUUGUUAAAACUUUGUAUUUAAUCUGUUGUAUUUAUAUGAUUACAUAUUGUAAUCCUAUCUGUAAAUAGCUGUUAAAUGAUGUAUUUACUCUACUGUAUUGCAUUUGUGUUAUGACAUACUCUACGUCUUUGGCAUGGACCUGUGAAGGAUCUAUGGAAAUGUAAAUAAAUCUGUUCUACUCAA